UCCCGUGAAGCUCGAGCCGCGCAGUCCCAAGCGCAGACGAUUUCAGCACAUAUUUCAGCACCGGAUAGAUCCUGCACCGCCUCAUGGCAACAUGACUGAGUUCCAUAACCUACAGGAGUUGAGACACAGUGUGUCUGUAGCCACCAAGGUGUUCAUCCAGAGAGACUACAGCCAAGGGACUACCUGUCGCUUCCAGACUAAGUUCCCCUCUGAGCUGGACAGCAGGAUUGAGCGGACCCUGUUCGAGGACACAGUGAAGACGUUGAACACCUACUAUGCAGAGGCAGAGAAGGUCGGAGGUCAGUCCUACAUGGAGGGAUGUCUGUCGUGCGCUACAGCCUACUUCAUCUUGCUCUGUAUGGAGACACGCUAUGAGAAGAUGUUGAAGAAGAUCUCAGGGUACAUCCAGGAGCAGAAUGAGAAGAUCUACGCUCCCAGAGGUCUACUACUGACAGACCCUAUGGAGAGAGGCAUGAGAGUCAUCGAGGUGAGUGUGUUUGAGGACCGCGGUUCGAGCGGCUCUAGCCCCAUCAGCAGUGUGUCGUCUGGGGGCAGCAGCCAGCGGUGACUGGAGGAUCAGCACCAGGGAUAUGGGUACCAACACCACCACAGAGGCAGCGGAUCCCUCACCAACAUCCGCAUGCUGAAACAUGAGAGCACCCGCUUCUGACUAUAGAUGUAUAUCAAUGUAAUCAAUAUACUAUAUCUAGUUCUGAGUAUAGAUGUAUAUGUUGUCAAUAUACUAUCUCUAGUUUCGAGUAUAGAUGUAUAUGUCAUACAGGAAGAAAUAUUGAUUGUAUAUACUAUCUAUAGUUCUGAGCCAGGGAGAUGAAUGAGAGAGGCCAGGACGAGGCUACUGAAGGACAGGAGCAGACACAUGCACUACUUGGUGUUUUCAUUGAAACUCACAUAUUUGAGUAUCUGACAGUUAGAUUAAUGUUUCUGUACACUACUCAUUUAGCCACUGUCAUUCUGCUGUGUUUCCAUGACUUUAAUUGUAACCAUUAUGCCAUGGCCAAUACAGAUGUAUGAUCUUAAUUUGAUCACCCUGUUGCAGGAGAACUUUCCUGCAAUGCAGGAUAUGUAAAACUUGUAGUGAAUUUGAGGUUUAAAAAGGCUUCUGAAAUCUGUAAUUUACACCAUUUUAACAUGUCAAUUUCCACUUAAAAAUGGAUCAACCCCUACAAAAAUGUAAAUUAAUUAUAAUCCACAUAAUCAUUCACAUUUCCUGUUGCAGCAGGAUUAUUUUCCUGCUGUAGCAAACUGGAUCAUCAUGACUAUUUUGAAGCAGAAGUAGCAUAACUAUCACUUUGAAUACUGACAAUUGCACACUUACUGAUAAUGUUUGGAAAGACUUAGUUCAUUUCAGGCAGUGCGAAAAUGAGGUCAGUGCAUUAUGAAUGCUGACAUGUCCUGCCCUUUUCUGUUUCUACCUACUGCUUUAGCUUUCAGUGUGUGUGUGUGUGUGUGUGUGUGUGUGUGUGUGUGUGUGUGUGUGUGUGUGUGUGUGUGCAUGUGUGUGUGAAGGACUGCUAGUUUUCAUGGGUCAUGGGUCAUUUCACAUGGAUCUGACUGGGACUUCAAACGCUGAGCACUGAAACACCUUGGAUUAUUUAUCCAUGCUGAUUUAGAGCACUGGGUACUGGUGAUCCACAGCACAGCACAGCACACACACACACACACACACACAGGGACAUGUGCAAAGAUACACAUGAA